AGAAGAUUACAUCAAGAUGAGGUUACAUGGAUUGGUUUUUUGAAGAAUUGCCUGCUGGGUGAGAAAUAGAAUGUGUUGCUUGCUUGGCUUGGCUUAGCCUUGGCUUGCACAGCUGUGCCUCAACAGAUCCAUCCAACUUCAGCCAAGAACCACAACAGUCACUCAACUCCCUCCAUCUCCCUCGGAUGGCACUCGUCGAUUAUAACAGUUCAGGGGAUGAAAACUCAGAAGCAGAAGAGGCCAAGACUGAAACCAAGACGAACCUACCGCCAAGAAAGAAACUGAAACCGACCAAAGCUAGGAUCAUCAUCGACCUCCCCCCACCAACGACAUCCAACCAACCAGAACUCAAUCAAAAUACUCAGCCAUCCUCCAUUCAACCCCAAGAAGUUCACAAGGGGGAUGACCUGCUCUCGAAACUCAAGAGGAAAAAACCUGCUUCGUCUAAGAGCUCAGGACUCGCAAGCCUACUACCACCUCCCAAACGAACCCAACCUCAACCUCAACCUCAACCAUCAUCAUCAUCAUCAUCAUCAUCAUCACUAUCAUUCAAACCGAAAGCACUAGAGAAGCCAAAACAUGAACCAACAACAACCGCUCAAGAUCAGGCUCCCUCGGCUGUCCAGUCUGAACCCAUCCAACCCACGUCUUCCACCACCGGAACACUGAAUCUCUUCGGCCUUCCCCCAACCAGCUCCUCGGACUCCUCUGCUUCAACCAAGCGCGUCCCCGUCGAGACACUGGAGCCACAGAUCCCGCUGACGGUAUCGUCGGCGCCACAGGUAGCCGCGGAAGUCCCACCCCCGCCGAGUCUAAUGGACCCUUACCCAGGCUACUGGCAACGGAAAGACGGAAGUUGGUGCGAACGAGAUCCAUCAGAUCCGCUCUGGAAAGCCUUCUACCUCCAACACUAUUCUCAACCUACUCUUGAGACAACAACAACAACGGGAUCUUCCUCUUCGUCAUCGGAUAAGCACUCCAAACUCCCCAAAGACUUCUUCAAGGACGCCCCUAAUAGUCUCGUCCAGUUCGACGCUAAACAGGUCGCCCAAACCGCCUGGGAAAAUAAACCCAAGAUCAUCGAUCCUCGGGAGGAGGCCAGACAAGAACAACAAGCCUCUGCUGCUACUAAACCCAGUAAACAUAUCUCUUCUAUGGCUCGUGGAAGACAUCAAUUAAGUUCUCUGCUCACCGACGCUCAAGCUAACAGGGCGGAACUCGAAGACAGAAUCUCUCGCGGCAAAUUUAAUCGCAAAGCGGGCGGUGCUAAGUAUGGGUUUUAAUCAUAUAUGUAUACCUCUAUGGAAACAACAUGUGCAGGGGAGUUUUUGGUCAAUGGCGAUAGAGGUGCACUAAUGGGCUAUGUACAUAUAUGAUGGCCAUCAUUUCCGAGAACAGAUGUAGAUCCCCCUCUUCCCUUUUUUUGGUUCCCUAGCUAUCUCUUUUUUUUUUUUUUUUUUGGAUGAAGUAUAAGGAUUGUCACCAAAGCCCUUACCCAGCCAUUUCGAACACGCACUUGGAACUAAACGCAAGUCCACUCGUCUGCCGGGCCCGAGCGCUGGCUGACGGGAGGGCGCAGACCCUGCGGGGAUUUCUACAAAUGGCGUUCAUAGGCUCGUGUACAUCUGGCUCGCAGUCCUCCCCCUAUUGCUUAAGAUUAGUUUGAGACUCUUGCGUCGGGCUCCGCAGUAUGGUAGUCCCACCAACCUAACAAUUUUCGGCGGCCAAUUAUUUUGUGGUGUAUUGUAAUACCGCCCUGAUUUGUUUCGAAACCUGGCAGGACAUGAAACUUUGAGUCUUUUCAUACCAUGAGACAACGGUUCUCCUGACCACUCUCUUCAGCCCGCUAAAGGAGCCGCAGGCGUAUCAGUGUGUAAAUACUGCUUUUAG